GUGAUGUGAUUGGGAUGAAGUUGAUGACAUUAUUUCUUUACGAAAAGGAUGUUAUUUUGAUCGAAAACAGAUUUGUAGACACUAACUGCAAAGCAUGGAUGAUGCUUCAUAUGUUAAAACGGAGGACCCGGAUUCCGACCAUGGAGCAAAGAGAAUGUUAGACACGAGUGGUACCAGCGCAAGCGAUGAUUCCGCUGAUGAGUUCAACAGUCCGCCUCCACAUAAACGACCAAAGUUUGAUAAUUUCGGUAGUCCCGAACACCACAGUCUCCUGACUCCACUAGGCGACUUUACGAGUACCUCCAUGGACAAAGCCAAAUCUCUACCCCCUCCCGACCAAAGUGGGGCAAGCGAAUCCACCCCGAGCACUAGCAGCUCAGCUGCACAAGGUGAAUCCAAGCAGAUCGAGACGGACGAGGCGAAGGGGCCAGACGAAGACCACAAGCUCAGCGAGGAGAAUGUUGAUGGGACGGGGGAGGAAGAUAAGCCGAGAAUGAGAUUGGAACGGUCGCUGAGUGCAGCGGAAGAGGCAAAGCAGAAACAGCAGAUAGAAGAAGAAAUGAGGCAGAAAAAACAAAUUUUAGUUGACUCUUUGUCUGAAGAACAGCUGAACCGUUAUGAAGUAUACAGAAGAGCCUCGUUCCCCAAGGCCGCUGUCAAAAGGUACAUGCAGUCCAUAACGGGAUGUAGUGCCUCUCAUAAUGUGGUUAUAGCAAUGUCAGGAAUAGCAAAAGUGUAUGUUGGAGAAAUAGUAGAGGAAGCGCUGGACAUUCUUGAGAGAUGGGGUGACACUGGACCCUUACAACCAAAACAUAUCCGGGAAGCCGUUCGCAAACUCAAGGCGCAGGACAAAAUGACGUCAUCCAAACUGCGUAAACCACUCUUUAGUUAGCAGAGGAGUAAACAGGACUUAAGACCCAGGUUAGCAUGAUGUCAUCCAAACAGCGCAAACCACUCCUUAGGUAGCAGAGGAGUAAAGGUGGAUAUAAGACCCAGGACAACAUGACGUCAUCCAAACAGCGCAAACCACUCUUUGAGUAGCAGAGGAGUAAAUGUGGAUAUAAGACCCAGGACAACAUGACGUCAUCCAAACAGCGCAAACCACUCUUUGAGUAGCAGAGGAGUAAAUGUGGAUAUAAGACCCAGGACAACAUGACGUCAUCCAAACAGCGUAAACCACUCUUUAGGUAGCAGAGGAGUAGACAGGACUUAAGACCCAGGUUAGCAUGAUGUCAUCCAAACAGCGCAAACCACUCUUUGAGUAGCAGAGGAGUAAAUGUGGAUAUAAGACCCAGGACAACAUGAUGUCAUCCAAACAGCGCAAACCACUCUUUGAGUAGCAGAGGAGUAAAUGUGGAUAUAAGACCCAGGACAACAUGACGUCAUCCAAACAGCGCAAACCACUCUUUAGGUAGCACUACUUUAGGCUGGCUACUUUGUUGAAAAGCAUAUCUCUAAUGAGAGAGACGGACUUGUGGUAUAGUUGGUGGCAAAGAAUCUAACAGAUCCUGUGGCAUGUCGUGGUUAAGAGCACCGGACUCAGCCCUGGUGUUUCUGAUCAGCAGAGUGUGGGUUCGAGUCCCAGUCAGGACAUUUGUCCUUAAAAGCAAAACACUUAACCACGAUGCUUCGUCCUUUGGAUGGGGCGUAAAGCUGUUGUGGUCCCUUGAGCUGCGUAACACACUUAUAAUAACCCAGUGCACUUAUCGUAAAGACAAGGGGUUCGCCCUGGUGUUCCUGGUUUGAUUGGCUGGUUUUGAUAUUGCGCCACAACACCUUGGUCUAAGUGGAUGGUAUAUCAAACAAAUGAUUAAUGUUUUGAGAGUUCAGAGAAUAUUUUCACACAUUGAUAGAUGGAAUGUUCCUUUUAUCUUCCGCUUAGCCCUGAUGAAUAGAACUUUUUAUCCCCAAGGCACUCAUAAGAGUGAAUUUUUGGUAUGAUACAUCAGAGGACUAUAGCAGGCCUAAUACUUCACAGAGGUAACAAAGUCGAUGGCCUCAAUGCCCCAAUUGGUCAAUGCCUUCAUGCCCUUGAAAUGCUCCAGUAGAAAUGUACAAUUUUGUCAUAGGAUGCCCUUUACAAAGGAGUAAAUGCCUUGGUGCCCUUGUUUUUUCAAAUUGGCAUGUUAUAGACAAAAGUUUACAGGUGGUAAGUAGUCUUGAAAUCAAGUCGGUAAUUGUUAAGCCACUGUAGCUCUGGGGACGGUACACUCAUCCUCGAUCCAAGUAUGUGUGCGAGUAAGCUUGGGCGAUAUCGAUUUAUUUUAUUCACGAUAUAUCACCGACAAUAUAUUGCAAUAUUCGAUAUAA